AUGGCCGUUCCGGAAGCACCUACCCAACCACAUCCAGAUGAUUUCCCUAAUGCAGGUUCAGAUUCGGAGCAGAACAGCCACAAGACAGUCCAGGGAGCCGAUGGGGGAUACGCUUGGGUCAUUGUUGGGGCCAUCCUAGCUUCGUAUUCAGUAUCAUGGGGAAUUAAUACAACCUUUGGGGUCUACGUAUCAUUCCUAAUUGAGCAUGACUACAUCCCGGGAGGGACCCCGCUACGCUAUGGCUUCGUCGGCGGACUUUCGAUUGCUGGUGCCCUGCUCUCGGCGCCUCUGAUGCAUUUUCUGAUCAACAAAUUCGGCUUCCGCGUGCCCUUUGUCCUUGGCCUCGGUGCAAUCCUUCUCCCUUCGCAAAUCAUUCUCGUCCAGUGGUUUGACCGACGACUCGGCCUGGCACAGGGCCUUGCCAAUGCUGGCUCCGGCUUGGGCGGGCUGGUCCUGUCCAACACGACGAGGCUCCUCAUCGAAACACUGUCCUUGAAAAAGGCCCUCAUUGUGAAUGGCGCCAUUUCAGCCGCCGUUCUCAUCCCUUGCCUCUGUCUCCUCCGGCGCGGGCCGAUGGACACCAGCCGCCGAUUGGAGCUUCCACAGCUCCGUUGGCUGUACCACCCAGGCUACAUCUGGGUCUGGACAUGGGGGUUCUCAGCACUCAUGAGUUACUGCAUCGCCAUGUAUACCAUCGCGUCCUACGCCAGUGGCGGCCUCGGUCUCUCACAGACCCAGGCUGCUGCUCUGCAGUCGUUGUUAGCCGUCGGGUUUCUCGUCGGGAGACCUUUGACAGGCCUCCUCCUUGACGUUGGCGGCCGCAUCAAUGUGGCUAUUCUUCUCAACAUAGCAGCUGGUGUGUCCUGUUGGGCCCUGUGGCUGCCCGCACGCUCCUUUGCGCUCAUGGCGGUCUUUGCUCUCGUCCAAGGCUGCACGGGUGGUGCCGUCUGGGUGGCUGCCGCGCCCGUCACGGUCGAAAUCGUGGGCACAGGCCGGUCGGGUUCGGCAUUGGCCAUGUUCUGGCUGGUCGUGGCUCCGUCCGCGGCCUUUUCGAGCCCGUCUGCCAUUGGACUGCUGACCUAUGCGCGAACGCAUCUGCACAAGGACGAGGCGGAAGCGUAUGCCAUCUCCAUUGGAUUCUGUGGUGCACUCUUCGUGCUGUCCAGCAUGUGCCUCUGUGGAGCUAAGCUUUAUCAGAGAAGAGCAUCGAACGUUGUGGGCGAGAAAGCUGAAGUGACUUGA